UCCCCCGGCAGGCCCCCCCGGCGCCGGCGCCGGCGCGGCGCACUCGGCGUGGGCGUAGCCAUUGUGCUGGGCGCCGCGGAUCUCAAGCGGGCGCGCGCGGGGCCGGGCUGAGUGCUCCUCCCCUCACCCACUCCCUGUCCUCCCUCCCCUUUUCGCUUUCCUUGCCUAGGCCCUCUGGGGCCAUGCCUGGGGACCCUGUUUCGUGGACGCCGCCCCCUCUCCAGGCCCCCCUCCGGAUCCCCACCCUGUCCCCGCUACCCCCUCCCUCAGGGCGGCGGUUGGGCCGGGACGCCUUGGGCCUCCAGGUUCCCGCUGCGACCCGGGCCUAGCGCUCCCGCCCGCCGCCAGUGUGUCCUGCGGGCUCGGGCGGAGGUUGCUUCUCGGGGUUGGACCUGGUUUCUCCGGGCCGCGAAACGCCCAGACCGGGAAUUUUUAGGCAGUGUUGCAGAGAAUUGAUCGUACUGAAGAUGCAUGGGAAGCGAUGCUUUCGUCGCUUUUAGCUGGUCGUAAAUGAAAGAGGCUAUUGAAGAGGGAAGCAGGGGCUGCAGAGCUGGCAAGAAGUGAACGGGCAGAGGGGAGAUGGUUCUGAUUUUUUAAAAAAUGGAUUUGGCCAACCAUGGACUUAUUCUACUGCAACAGUUAAACGCUCAGCGCGAGUUUGGUUUCCUGUGUGACUGCACGGUUGCGAUCGGCGACGUUUACUUCAAGGCACACAAAUCAGUUCUUGCUUCCUUCUCCAAUUACUUUAAGAUGUUGUUUGUCCAUCAGACCAGCGAGUGUGUCCGUUUGAAACCAACUGACAUACAGCCCGAUAUUUUCAGCUAUCUCUUGCAUCUGAUGUACACUGGAAAGAUGGCACCUCAGCUUAUUGACCCCGUCCGACUAGAACAGGGGAUCAAGUUUCUCCACGCCUACCCGCUGAUCCAGGAAGCCAGCCUCGCCAGCCAAGGGGCCUUCUCUCAUCCUGACCAAGUUUUCCCGUUGGCUUCCUCGUUGUAUGGCAUUCAGAUUGCAGAUCAUCAGUUGAGACAAGCCACCAAGAUUGCCUCAGCACCGGACAAACUGGGCCGAGAACCAAGGCCACAGACCUCCAGGAUGAGCCAGGACCAGGUGCCGGAGGCUGCCCAGCUCUCCCAGUUACCUUCAAACCUGACUCAGGUUAAUCGGACAAAUCUGACCCCCUCUGACCCACUGCAGACCUCACUUUCUCCAGAACUGAUUUCCACUCCUGUUCCUCCCCCUCCUCCCGGGGAGGAGACCAACAUGGAAGCUUCCUCCUCCGACGAGCAGCCCGCAGCCCUCACCAUAGCCCAUGUCAAGCCCAGCAUCAUGAAGAGGAACGGAAGCUUCCCAAAGUACUACGCCUGCCACCUGUGUGGUCGGCGCUUCACCCUCCGGAGCAGUCUGCGGGAGCACCUCCAGAUCCACACGGGAGUGCCGUUCACAUCCAGCCAACAGGGAGAGAGCCGCGUGCCCCUGUCUCUUUGUAGCAAUGCAGCCGACCUGGGCAAAGACGCCCUGGAAGUGCCUGAAGCCGGGAUGAUAAGUGACAGCGAGCUGCAGCACAUCUCGGAUUCCCCAAUCAUCGAUGGGCAACAGCAGUCAGAAACCCCGCCCCCCUCGGACAUCGCGGACAUUGACAACCUGGAGCAGGCCGACCAAGAGCGGGAGGUGAAGAGGCGCAAGUACGAGUGCACGAUAUGUGGACGCAAGUUCAUCCAGAAGAGCCACUGGCGGGAACACAUGUACAUCCACACCGGGAAGCCUUUCAAAUGCAGCACUUGUGACAAGAGCUUUUGCAGGGCCAACCAGGCUGCCCGCCACGUGUGCCUCAACCAGAGCAUCGACACUUACACCAUGGUGGACAAACAGACUCUGGAGCUCUGCACGUUUGAGGAAGGCAGUCAGAUGGACAACAUGCUGGUGCAAACCAACAAACCCUACAAAUGCAACUUAUGUGACAAAACAUUCUCGACUCCCAAUGAGGUUGUCAGACACUCUUGCCAAAACCAGAACUCAGACGUUUUUGCCCUUGACGAAGGGCGGUCCAUUCUCCUGGGCAGUGGGGACUCAGAAGUGACAGAGCCUAACCACCCGGUGUUAGCUUCCAUUAAAAAAGAACAGGAAACAGUGUUAUUAGACUGAAUAUUACUUAUCUUUUUAAAAAAGAAAAAACUGUCAUUUUUACAAAGACUAUCUUCCUUUCCUUCCCCCAACUCAAAGCUAUAACUAUAGUUCUGUAUGGCAUGCUUACAGCAGAUCCCAGCUCCCUUUCGCCUCUCCCCCUUCUCUCCAUCCCAGCCUCUGUAAAGGCUUCAUGCAUUAUAAACCUGGAAGAUAGUUGCUUUAAUACACGAGAUAUUGGAAAGAUAACGGUCAGCGGUACCUAUAAACUCAAAUGGAUUUUGAGAAAUUUUAAGAUUACUAAAAGUAUACCUGGAACUAAUGAAGGGUAAAUAACAAAACAACUAGAUGCAAUUUGGUAAGCUAAAAUUAUGACUUUCCCUGGGUAAUAAGUCUUCCUUCUCAGAAAAACAAUGUCAAAAAAUACAGCAUGCUUCUUAGAGAUACAGCUGGGUUCUGUACUAUGCAAAAUCUAGAAGGUGUGGGAAACUUUAAACCCAAGAAAACACUCUUAGGAUUUAUCCUUCAGGUGUCUUAUUUCAGAAUGCAUCCUUUGAGAUUAUGUCCAGUCAAGAAAAUGCACUAGUUAAGAAAUCUACUUUAACGAAACACAAAAGAGGAAAAAGAAAAAAAUAAUGUGAUGGCAAUCUUAAUUUUUGGAUAGAACAUGACAAGCUGUGAGUUUGUGUGUUUGUAAGAGGAAACGUGUGGCUACUUGCUAGAAACAGGUGAAUUAGUGCACAUGCCUUAUCGAAUUUCUGGCCUCUUUCAGAGUUGAACAACAACAAAAUGCUGUAUUUUUAGUUCCUGACAAAUUUGUGUUUUAAAAAUCAGAUUUUUAAGUACUGUUCUACGGAUUAGCUUUCUGACUAGAAGAUGACCUGCCGUUCUGUCAGUUGCCAGUGGUAAAGAAGUUUUAGCACCAACCAGAUGCUUUUAAGUCAGUGCGUAUACCACAGGAAAAGGAUGCAGGCUGUGAACAGAGGAGGUAGUAACGUUAACGAUUUUAAAAGUUAAUGCUAAUAGUUUACUGGCAGCAUUCAUUAAAGCAUCAAAAAUGGCAAAGAGAAAUCAGGACAAAAAAAAAUCUUAAUUGCUGUUUGGGAAAGAACUUGAUUUUAAUGUUUAUUUUCCAAUUUUUUUUUUUUUUUUAUGCCUGAAAUUCUCUCCAUUGGCCUGAAAGUAGUAAAAAUUGUCCAUUAAUCUUCUUUAGGCCAAUAACAGAAUGGUCACAUGGGACAAAACAGGAGCCAGAAAUAAGGACUGAAGGGACAGGGAAGGGGGAGAAGAGUUCAUAGCUACGCUCUAUGUAUAUGUUGAAAACUGAAUAUCCCAUCAUCCUAUUUCAUGUAUAGUUGAGUUCUCAAAUUUGUAAGUUUUUAUACAUCCUUUCAUUGAAUAAACAUUUAAUUAA